AUGGAAAAGGCCUGCAUUUGCUCAUCUAUGAAUAUAUGCAAAAUAACUCCCUUGCCCACGCCUAAUUUGACUCAAAGCUCAAAUUGCAACUUGAUUGGAAAGCAAAGGUGUAAAAUUUGCUUGGGAAUAGCAAGGGGCUUGGUGUAUCUACACAAGCAUAGGCUGCAGACGGUUCAGAGGGAUAUUAAAGCUGCUAAUAUUCUUCUUGAUGGAAACCUUGAGGCUAAAAUUUCAGACUUCGGGUUGGCAAGCCUUUACACUGAAGAUAAUCAAUUCGAGUUCAUCAAAGUAGAAGUGCCACAGGGAUAUAUAGCACCAGAGUAUGUUCGAGGAAUUGUAACAUUUAAAGCUGAUGUGUACAGUUUCGGGGUAGUUCUACAUGAAACUGCUUAUCAUUUACAUGGAAAAGGAAGGCUGUUGGACUUGAUUGACAGAAACUUGUCGGGCAGUUAUGACGCAAAAGAAGCCAUUAUCAUCUUAAACUUAGCAGUUAAGUGCACCAGUACAGCUCCAGCCGUGAGGCCUACUAUGUCUGAUGUUGUUAGUGUACUUGUUGGUGACAAAAGAAUCGAUGAGAUUUGCCCCUCUGCCCCAAAUGAUAAUCCCAUUGCUCAAGUUGAUUCCUCUGCUUUAUAG